UUUACUCUUCAUCCCUUCCCUCACUCUCUCUCUCAAACACACACAAACAGUCUCACUUUCUCUCUCUAGAAACAAACAUGGAAAUGAAGAACGUCGUCGUUCUAGCAUUCAUCUGCGCCAUUUUCGCCGCCGUCGGAGGUCAAGCCCCAGCUGCUUCCCCAACGAUUGCGCCUCCUACGACUGUCGUAACGCCUACUGCUUCACCAACCGUAGCACCGCCGGCGAAGUCUCCAGUUUCUGCUCCUCCGAUGGUUUCUGUUCCUACACCGGUUAGUUCACCACCUGCUGCGGUGCCAGUGAGUUCUCCACCUGCUGCGGUGCCGGUGAGUUCUCCUCCAACGAUUGAAUCUCCACCGGUUCCUGAACCAGUGAGCUCUCCUGCACCAGAGAUUGCUUCUACACCUGAAGCUUCUGCUCCGGCACCCAGCAAGAGGAAGACGAAGAUGAAUGCUCCAUCGCCGUCGCCUACCGAGGCACUUUCUCCUGGACCGAGUGGCGACGACUCUCCCUCUCCUGCUCCUAAUUCAGCCGACGUCGCCGACGAGAGUGGAGCCGACAGAUUAAAGAUCGUACAUAUGGUGGUGGGGAGCUUGGUGAUGGGAUUGGCUGCUUUCAGCUGGCUCUAGAUUUAUAUUAUUUAUUUAUUAUUUUUGAAAUUUAUUUAUUUUUUUGUAUGAUCUGUAAUUGCCUUUUGUUUCCCUAUCAUUGUAUUUUGUUUACGAAUAUAUACUAUUACCACAUUUAUGUUUUGUA